ACGUGCACUAAAGUAAAUGUCUCAAGUAGAACUAAAAGGAAAGAUUAGUAUUUAAGGCUUUGAGUGCAGUAGAGAUUUGAAUUGUUGCCUUGUGAGUCGUGGUACCAACUAAUUCAGUGAACAGAAUGCGGUGACACUUAAUAUUAAACUGCUGGUGCUUACGGUUACCGGUGUGUCUUAAAGGCUUAAAGUAACAUCAUCCAUUUGCUUUCAUGCCUUUUUCCAUUCAACAGUCAUGGAUACAUAUAAAUAUAAUUCAACUGGUUGGAUGUUAUUAAAAAAGGCAAGAUUGUAGACUCUGAUUUACACAAACCACUAAUAGACUGAGCAAACACAAGCUUCUGGCUUGUAUUCAACAGGAUUCUGUAUCUAAUCUCGGUCGGGGCACUGACUAUUCGUGGUUUUUCUUAGUCCCAUCAAGCAAAUUACGGUGUAGUAUAGUUGUUGCUCUGUUUAAUGAAGCACCACUUCAUAAAGAUGUAUGGGGGAGCGGAGUUGUGACUCCAAAUAGAUUUAAACUCUGUACUAGAUGUAGGUAAGUAACAAGUUCCACGCUCCAGGCAUUUGAUUCCUGGGAAACAGAUCCCGGCACCCACUGAAUCAGCGGCUGAUUGGGAGCCACAGCCAGUCUCAUUGUUGUGGACAAAAGAAUUCUUUGUUGCUUCAGGGGAACGAAACCCGAUUUUACCGUAGUCCAAUCCAUAGCAUCAUUGCUGCAUCUACUGAGCUUUACGUGAAAAUUAAACUUGAAUUGAAACUUAUUACGAUAAGAGCAAAUGCAAAUUUAGACAGCGUGAUACUUUGGCAAUCUGACUGAACUGUGUUCAGUCCGAUUGCUGUGUUCACUGAACUGUGGUAAGUUCUCAUUAAAACUGGGCUGUUAUUAUGACGAAUGUAACGUUUCAUAACCUUUCCCCAAUUAUUUAUUUCUGACCUCAUGCAUAGCACCAUCAGAUUCAUUUGCAGGAUUAAAAACGGAGAUCGCUUAAAUGUAAAUUUUGUGCCAUCUUCUGUUCAUAUUCGCGAACUAGUAAAAUACAUACAUGAUUUGAGGUUUUCACGGCGUGAAAGACUGCUUUCUUCAGAGUAUAAUACAUGUCCAAGCAUUUAAAGACGACAGCACGCAGUUGUAACGUCGUGGUGGUAACUUGUAUAUGGUGCAGUGGCCGAGUAUGUUUCCUUUCAUUUGUUUUCCGUCUAAUCGUGUGAAGCUACUGGGGUUCUAGAGUCUAACCGUAAGCAAAUUCCAGCAAAUAAGGAAACAGAGCUCCCACAAUAGCACGUCUGUGAACUGCCAGAAGAACUGUGUCUCAAACUUUGAGGUUACGUCAACAUUAGCCAUUUUCAGCGUACAAUGUGAACCAGUACCGACAUAUCGGAGAUACCGCAGAUGAAGUUGUGUUCUUCCAGUCUGAAGGAAAUGGGAUCAGUGGUUAUAUUGGUGACAUUUGGAACACCAUGGCAGAUGUCUUGAAUUUCUCGCUGAAUGUGAACGAUGUUUCAAACCUGAACUUUGAUUUGCAUCGUUCAAAUGGCAAUUGGACUGCCCUACUGGAUGAGCUUCAGCACCAUCAUAUACAUGUGAUACCUCACUUGCUCAUGGACAACAACAGAAGAAAUGUUGCAGAUUUCACACAACCAUUUGCCACAUUAGGGGUUCAGCUGAUGGUAAAGAGUAAAGCAGUAUCACAUUUUUCCUGGUUAUGGCCCUUUACACCAUUCUCUGUGGCGUUGUGGCAAGCAGUAAUCACAUUUGUUAUCUCUAUCUCUGCCAUUCUCCACUUCAGUCUCUGGACAGUCAAGAAACUGUUUCCUCGCAGCAGGCAGCUUCAACAUGACUUCUUUGGCAACUUCCUGUAUAUCUAUGGCUUCUUCUGCUCCCAAGGUUCUGCACCUCGCAGUUUCCUGACUUCCAUCAAAAUAAUGGUACUCUGGACUUCACUUCUGGCAUAUGUUUUGAUUCAGUCCUAUGGAGCUACUCUAGUGUCACAUAUAACUGCGGUAACCAGCUGGGAAGCCCCAUUCAACAACCUUGAGGGCUUAUUACAGUCCCAAUAUUCUUUGGCUGUAGUCAGUGGAUCUAAUAUACAUUCUGAACUUAAGAAAUUAAAGGGAGAUGUGUAUGAAGCUGUUUGGAAGAAUGCAGUUAAGAUGGUGAACAGUGAUCAACAAGCAUUUCAUGAGGUCUGCUACGGCCGCGUUGCAUCCUUUGUGACGUCCGAGAUGAACAGUGCUAACAAUUACUGUAAGAUGAUAUCUGUCAGUCAUCUCUACUUCUCAUCCUGGAGUAGUAGUGGGCUUGUCAAAGACUUCCCUUGCAAACACCUCAUCGACAUCACCAUCUUGCGUCUACGUGAGAGUGGAAUUCUGAAUAUACUCAUGAUUCGACACCCAUCACAUUUCUGGAAACAAGAAGAAAAACGUGAUCAUCCAUCUAGCAAGUUUGAAGGAAGUGUUCAGCUUCUCCAGGUUGCUCCUAUUCUGAGUUUAUAUGCCUUUGGCAUUAUGUUGGCACUAUUUGUGCUGUUGCUGGAGCGGGCCACAGCAACACGUAUCUCAGACUGCUCUCAUAACAGUGAGGGCAAGGAAGUGCAACCCUCUCAGAGUGUGGAUCACACUGGUAUAUAUCAAUCUCAUCAGCAUAAUGAAACUGUCGACAAGGUAAAUCCAGUUUGGGAGGCACUUCUUCCUACCUGAAGGGGAAGACUUCGCUGAGCAUCAUCCAUGGUAUCUCGAACAUUACGCUGCUGCAGAAGGAGAGUACAAUGAUGAGCGAGAGAGGCAGCCAUGUCGCCGAGAGCUGGUCUGCUCCACCCGGCCUCAACACCACAUAGCUGUAGAUCCCUAGCAGCAGACAGGAGGCGCCGUUUCCUGCUAGGGAGACCAGGGACAAGAAUCUCUUCCCGAGCCAGGUGACAGUAGAAACCAGACACGCGGCGCCGACAAUACCAAUCACUGCAGAGCCCACCUGUGACAGCAGUUACAGAUCAACACAUGCGUACUCAUGAUACUGUACACGAUGGCGAUUGCUUUGUGACGUAGUAUACAUUAUGUAAAUGUAAAGCUGUACCUUGGCCGCGCCAUAGCUCAGGAGGUUAGUCGCUGGCUUCUCACCGCGGCGGCC